AUGUCGGCGACAAAAGUAGAAGUGCAACAGAAUAACGAGGACCCUAGUGGGGUGAGUAAAGAAGUCGUCAACGACACCGACUCAGCGUCAGCAACCCUCAACAAUGCAAUGAACGAGAAUAAUAAUGCGGCGGAGAAGGCGACUAAAAUGGAUACGUCAACCACGACGCAAGAGGCGACCAACAAUGGUGUAGAUGAGCGUAAAGAAUUAGCUGAAAAUUACAAAAAUCAGGGGAACGAACUGUUAAAAAAUAAGGAAUUCACUAAAUCAAUCGAAAUGUACACCAAAGCUAUAGAAUUAUAUCCGUGCGCUAUUUACUAUGCCAACCGUUCACUAGCUCAUCUGCGGCAAGAGAGUUUUGGAUUCGCGCUGCAGGAUGGUAUUGAUUCUGUCAAAACCGAUCCAACCUACCUGAAAGGGUACUAUCGUCGUGCUGCUGCACACAUGUCUUUAGGAAAAUUUAAGCAAGCCUUAUCCGAUUUUGAAUAUGUCUCAAAAUGUCGUCCUAAUGACAAAGAUGCUAAACUCAAGUUUACGGAAUGCAAUAAAAUAGUUAAAAUGCGUGCUUUCGAACGUGCCAUUGCAGUUGAUACGCCCGAAAAAACGUUAGCGGAGAUGUACAAGGAAUUAGAAGAUAUAACUAUUGAAGAUGCUUAUACGGGGCCGGCCCUCAAAGAUAAUAAAGUAACAUUGGAAUUCAUGUUAGAACUAAUGGAGCAUUAUAAGAGCCAAAAAAUAUUGCAUCGUAAAUACGCCUAUAAAAUACUCUGCGAUAUCGAUGAGUAUAUGCGUACUCAGCCUUCUCUGGUCGACAUUAAUGUGCCCGAUGAAUCUAAGUUUACAAUUUGUGGUGAUAUUCACGGUCAGUUUUAUGAUCUUAUGAAUAUAUUUAAAAUAAAUGGCUUGCCGUCGCCCACGAAUCCAUACUUAUUCAAUGGCGAUUUUGUUGAUAGAGGCUCAUUUUCUGUGGAGUGUAUUUUUACACUAUUUGGCUUUAAACUUUUAUAUCCGAAUCACUUCUUUAUGUCACGAGGCAAUCAUGAGAGCAUUAAUAUGAACCAAAUGUAUGGCUUUACUGGUGAGGUGUCAGCUAAAUAUACAUCCCGAAUGGCUGAUAUGUUUACACGUGUAUUCAAUUGGUUGCCACUAUGUCACUGCAUUAACAAAAAAAUUCUUGUUAUGCAUGGUGGUCUAUUUUCAAGUGAUAAUGUCGUUUUGGAAGAUUUGCGUCGCAUCGAUCGUAAUUGCCAGCCACCAGAGGAGGGUCUCAUGUGUGAGCUAUUAUGGUCCGAUCCGCAGGCAUGGCCUGGUCGUGGACCUUCAAAACGUGGUGUGGGCAUACAAUUUGGUCCCGAUGUCACAAAAGCGUUUUGUAAUCGCAAUAAUCUGGAUUAUGUUGUACGUAGCCAUGAAGUCAAGGAUAUGGGUUAUGAGGUCACACACGACGGUCAGUGUAUUACUGUAUUUUCAGCACCUAAUUACUGUGAUACAAUGGGCAAUAUGGGUGCUUUCAUAACAAUAAAAGGCAAUGAUUUAAAACCAAAUUUCCAAUCGUUCGAGGCUGUGCCUCACCCUGAUGUCAAGCCAAUGGCAUAUGCAAACAGCUUAAUGAGCUUGCUUGCGUAGUCAUAUAGUUUAAGUUGACUUUGUAUAGUACGUAUACAUAAAAUGGGCAAGCGUUUGAGCAAGUAUUGUAUUAUUCAACAAAAAUCAACAAUCGACAAAGAACACAGAUAUCAGCAUGUCUUACGAUUACUACCAUGAAAUGAAGUCAGAAAUUUGUUAAGAAAAAUUAAGGCUUUUGAAAGAGUUUGCAAAUUUGUUUCAAAAACAAUAAUUGGUGCUUAGCAUAGAACUCCAAAAAUGAUAAUCUACUGAUUACAAUCAGCCCUAAAAAACCAGCAAAAAACAAUGAAGAUUCAUUACUAUUAUUUGAACAGCAUACCAUAAUUAACGUUUUAAAGUCAUUGUAUCCAAAAUAGGCAUUGUUUUAGCAAAGAAAAAAGCUACAAUAAAUAUAUAUGUUAGUCUUACUUUUCUACACAGCUAUUUGACCAACUGCUCAGAAAACAACAUUUAAUUCAAUUACGUAAAAUACACAUUUAUACAAAUAUACAAGAUGUGGUUAAUUCUGUUUUCAUUUAUUAAAGUCAAAGAUACGUUUGUAAAUGAAGAAGCAGUGUCAUUGCACAACACUUGGAAGGUGUUGUGUGAAAAUGCUUUUUUUUACAAAAAUUGAACUGUUUACACAUCACCAAUUGUUUGCAAUUUUUAUUAUCCUAACAAAUACAUAUGCGUGUUAAGUCAUCCUCAGUACGUUUUAGUUUUAUUUAAAUUUAAACACUUAUACAAUCAUACAAAUGUAUAGAAAUAGAGAUUGAAAAAAGAAAACAAAUAAUUUGCUAUGAAAAGAUGCAAAAGUGUGGUUUUAUUCAUACAUAUAGAUGCUAAAGCAUACACUUAAAAAGUACUGGGCUAUUUUAUUUUAAUAUUUUAAAAAUAAGUACAGAAUUACUGCUCUUUGCUGCAUGCAUUGUAUCUAUUUUUCCUCUAUUGAGUUUGGUGUAAGAAGUAAAAAGACAUUGUAUGCAAAUAAAGCCGCCUAGUACAUACAUAGGUGCAUGCACGUUGGAGAGUGUUUUAGCUUAUCUUUUGAUGAAUAUACAUAUACUUACGCUUGACUGCGUGGAUGCCACUAACCACUAGUAAUAGAUACUUAAUAUGUAUGAAAAGGCAGGAACGCAUGUUGAUAUGCGUGAAACCGAAUGAACAAUGUAUAGAGCAAUUAAAACAAAAAUAUGUAUCAAACUAAAAUUUUUAAUAAAUAAAAAUUCGAACAAGUUUAUAAAUA